AUGACUGACCAUGAUAAGAAUAUCUAUGCAGCCUACGUAUGCUGUGCCGUUCUCUUGAUAUCACGAUGCUUUGGUACUGAAGACUACGAAUUUGCAUCAAAGCAAUAUAAGACUGUUAGGUACAAAAGAGGUUAUAACCAAUCGACAAAUGGUAUUAAUUACGAUGAAAUAAAAAAUAAAAAAGGAUUUUUUAUUGAACGAGCAAAGCGGCAGAUUAACCAAAAAACCGGAUAUGUUUAUUCUGUGCCUUCUAUACCAUUUGAUAUACCAAGUGAUUCAAAGAAAAUUGGAUAUAAUUAUCCUAAACCUAAUGUUUCAUUCACACUACCUGUUGUUACGACAAAGUUAACAACAUCAAGGCGACCAGCAACUAUUACUACGUAUAUUCCACCAUCUACCACACCAUUAACAACAACGACUACAGCAAGAACAACAAAGGAACAAUUUACAACUACAACAUAUACAGAGCUGAAAACCAGUACAAUUCGUCCAAAUUUCUCUCAGAAAAUAGGAUAUGAUUACCCUAAACCUAAUGUUCAAUUUCCACCACCUGUUGUUACAACUCAGUUAAUAACAUCAAGUCGGCCAGCAGCCAGUACUACAACACCACCAUCUACCAAAGUGUCAACAACAACAACUAUAAAGCCAUCCACAACUACAACUUAUAGAGCGCCAACUACAAGUAAAAUUCAUCCAACACCAAAUGUUUCAUCUAAAAUAGGGUAUGAUUACCCAGUACCCAAAGUUCCAUUUCCAUCAAAUAAAAUCACUACUCGCCUAACAACCCUAGGCCGAACAACAACCACUACUACCUAUAGACCACCAUCUACUAGACCAUUCACUACAACUACAGUAAGAACUACAUCAAAGCCAUCUACAACUACAGCCUAUAAACCGCCAGCAACAAGUAUAACUCCUCCCACGCCAAGGGUUUCUCAUAAAAUAGGGUAUGAUUACCCAGUUCCUAAAGUUCCAUUUCCAUCAAAUAAAAUCACUACUCGCUUAACAACCUCAGGGCAACCAACAACCACUACUGCGUAUAGACCACCAUCUACCAGUCGAUUCACUACAACUACAGUAAGAACUACAACAAAGCCAUCUACAACUACAGUCUAUAGACCUCCAAUAAUAAGUACAACUCCUCCCACACCAAGGGUUUCUCAUAAAAUAGGGUAUGAUUACCCAGUUCCUAAAGUUCCAUUUCCAUCGAAUAAAUUCACUACUCGCUUAACAACCCCUGGUCGAGCAAAAUCCACUACUACGUAUAGACCACCAUCUACUAGACCACUCACUACAACUACAGUAAGAACUAUAACAAAGGCAUCUACAACUACAGCCUCUAAACCGCCAGCAACAAGCACAACUCCUUCCACGCAAAGGGUUUCUCAUAAAAUAGGGUAUGAUUACCCAGUUCCUAAAGUUCCAUUUCCAUCAAAUAAAAUCACUACUCGCUUAACAAACUCAGGGCAACCAACAACGACUACUACGUAUAGACCACCAUCUACCAGUCGAUUCACUACAACUACAGUAAGAAUUACAACAAAGCUAUCUACAACUACAGUCUAUAGACCUCCAAUAAUAAGUACAACUUCUCCCACACCAAGGGUUUCUCAUAAAAUAGGGUAUGAUUACCCAGUUCCUAAAGUUCCAUUUCCAUCAAAUAAAUUCACUACUCGCUUAACAACCCCAGGUCGAGCAAAAUCCACUACUACGUAUAGACCACCAUCUACUAGACCACUCACUACAACUACAGUAAGAACUACAACAAAGACAUCUACAACUUCAGCCUCUAAACCGCCAGCAACAAGUACAACUCCUCCCACGCUAAGGGUUUCUCAUAAAAUUGGGUAUGAUUACCCAGUUCCUAAAAUUCCAUUUCCAUCAAAUAAAAUCGCUACUCGCUUAACUACCUCAGGCCAACCAACAACCACUUCUACCUAUAGACCACCAUCCACUAGUCGAUUCACUACAACUACAGUAAGAACAACAACAAAGCCAUCUACAACUACAGUCUAUAGACCUCCAAUAAUAAGUACAACUCCUCCCACACCAAGGGUUUCUCAUAAAAUAGGGUAUGAUUACCCAGUUCCUAAAGUUCCGUUUCCAUCAAAUAAAUUCACUACUCGCUUAACAACCCCAGGUCGAGCAAAAUCCACUACUACGUAUAGACCACCAUCUACUAGACCAUUCACUACAACUACAGUAAGAACUACAAGAAAGCCAUCUACAACUUCAGACUCUAAACCGCCAGCAACAAGUACAACUCCUCCCACGCUAAGGGUUUCUCAUAAAAUAGGGUAUGAUUACCCAGUUCCUAAAGUUCCAUUUCCAUCAAAUAAAAUCACUACUCGCCUAACAACCUCAGGCCAACCAACAACCACUACUACGUAUAGACCAUCAUCUACUAGUCGAUUCACUACAACUACAGUAAGAACUACAACAAAGCCAUCUAAAACUACAGUCUAUAGACCUCCAAUAAUAAGUACAACUCCUCCCACACCAAGGGUUUCUCAUAAAAUAGGGUAUGAUUACCCAGUUCCUAAAGUUCCAUUUCCAUCAAAUAAAAUCACUACUCGCUUAACAACCUCAGGCCAACCAACAACCACUACUACAUAUAGACCACCACCUACUAGUCGAUUCACUACAACUACAGUAAGAACUACAACAAAGCCACCUAGAACUACACACUAUAAACCUCCAACAACCAGUAUAAUUCGUCCAACGCAAAGUAUUUUUCAAAAAACUACUACGUAUAAACUAAAAUCUAUCAAACCAUCUACAACAACUAUUAAGAGUGGUUAUCAAUAUUCUGUGCCUAAAAUUACGCAUGCAUUUCAACUACCAACAACCACUAGACGGACUGUAACUUCAACAACAAAACCACCCGUAACAGUGAAGGAUAUUCAGUCAAAUACAAAACCUCCAACUUUUAUAACAAUACGUACAGCAAAACCUCCAACAACGCCAGUACAUUUAAGUUCUAAAAUAGUGCACCCCUCAUAUCUUCCCCCUUUAAAAACUCAUACCAUAAGUUACACAACCACAAGACCUUUCACUACUACGACAACACGUCGAUCUACCACAUUAAAAAUACAACCAUCAAUUAGAUAUACUUUAAAACCUCCUAUUAUAGAAAAACAAUCUCAAAUUAAUUAUGAAGCCAUUAAGCCAAAUAAUAGUUAUCUUCCUCCAACAUUAAAACCAGUAACAAGUAAACCGACAUCUGUGGUAAGUGCUCCAAUAACAAGGCCUACACCAACAAGACCUCCAACACCAAGAUAUACAACACUGAAAAAGUUGCAAACCGUUAUAUCAAAUAAAACGUAUCUUCCACCGAUAACGUCUUCACCCACUGAAGUAACAUCACUACAAACCUCACCUUCUAGAAUUACUGUACAAACAACAAAAUAUACUACGAGCCCUCCAAUAAUAUUCACAACGACAACAUAUACAACACCUAAGUUUAAAUCUAUACCUCCAAAUAAUGCAUACCUUCCACCGUCAAAACCUCUUUCAACAGUCGUAACACCUCUUCAUCCUAUAACAUACACAACUGCGACAAGUAAUUUUUCAACAAAACAAUCAUCAACAAGACAUACAACACCUAAGAUCAAAAAAUUUCCACCUAAUAAUUCGUAUCUCCCGCCAUCAACCCAGUUCUCUACUAUAGUAACAACACCUAGAACCACGUCCAUUAGAACUACUCUACCUCAAAUUACAACAACAUACACGCAACCAAAAACUUUAAGCACUACACAAAGGUAUUCCACUACAACAAGGUACACGCCCUCUACAACAUCUAGAACUCCUCCACCACCUACAACAAGAAUUACAACUCCCAUAGCAAAAAUUUCAACUCCGGGCACUAGAUAUUUGCCUGUAGCAUAG